ACACAAUGGCUGAUAACCCACUCACUUAAUUUCCCGGAAAAUAAUUCUCUUUUUCCAUUUUACAAGUUUUAUAUAUUUAUGACUCGUUGGUUUUACCAAGAAAUUACUCGGUACUAGGAACCCAAAAAAAAAAAAAAUUGAAAUUACUCGGUGCCCUUGACAAAAGUUUGAAUUAAAUAUAAGACUUGCUUUUUAGUCUAACACGCUGCUGGAUACAUUAAUAUACCGGUCCACCUAAGCCUAUGAGGCUUAUUCUAUAUAAGAUGGCGAUAAUGAGGUAAGCUGAUAGAUUCUUUAUUUUUGAGCGAGUGCAAGUUAGUAAAGUUCUUUUUCUACACAUAUGGCUCUUGUAGCAGCGUUCAGAUUGCUCUUCGAUGCAGUUAAAGAAAUAAUCGACCACACUUCGAUGUUCAAAUUCAACUUGAAGAAAAUCGAAGGAAAGCUAGAAGCAUUAGAGCCACUGAUCAAAGAGAGAAAGCAGUUUGAUAGUGAAUUGGAUCUGCAAAAAUGGGAAGCAAGCGAAUUCGAGGAAAAGAUGCUGGAGGGAGAGAAAGUGGUUCGUAUUUGCUCUCAGAUUCAUCCAUGGAACAUCCGCAAAAAGCAUUCUUGCACAGAAAAGCUACAGGAAUUGGAUGAGACUUUAAAGAGGUUGAUGCAGAUCUUACAGAUCCAGAUUGUUAGGGAUAUGAAGGAGACUCUGGUUUUGACCAAGGAUGUGCACAGAAAAAUCAUGGCUAACAAGGGGAAAAUUGGGGAUUUUGAUCAAGUUUUCGAUCCGACCGUAUCGACGUUUUGGUACCAUGGACCUGAUUAUGAUCAUCAUCAACUUCCAGAGUUCAUCGUUGGAUUGGAGACGCCUUUGAAAGAAUUGAAGAUAAGGUUGAUCAAGAACGGAUCACCGUUGAUUGUAGUGACUGGUCCUGGUGGAUGUGGGAAGACCCUCUUAGCACACAGAUUCUGUCGGGAUAAGCAUGUUAAAGAAAAAUUCAAGAAGAACAUCUACUUUAUUCCUGUUACGAAAACGCCACCUAGUCUGAGUCUUAUCGUACAAGAACUGUAUAAACAAAGGAGGUACGAGAUACCUGUUAUUAUAAACCAAGCAGAUGCAGUCAAACUUUUGGAACAAUGGUUGAAUAAACUAAGACCAAAUCCUAUAUUACUGGUUCUGGAUGAUGUUUGGCCCGGAUCAGAGUCCCUUGUCGAGAAGUUCCUAUUCCCAAUACCAGAGUACAAGAUUUUAGUGACAUCAAGAUCUCAAUUACCUAGAUUUGGCCCACCAAAAUUUGCCCCUCCAUACCAUUUGAACCCCCUGAAUGAUAAAGAUGCAAUGACUCUCUUCCGUCACUGGGCACCCUUGGAAGAUGGGAAAUCUCAAAUACCUGAUGAUACUGUGAAAAGGAUAGUGAAUUACUAUAAGGUAUUCCCACAUGCCCUUAUAAUAGUGGCCAAGUCAUUAGGUGGGAAGCAAUCAGACAUUUGGCUAAGAAGACUGACAGAAUAUUCAAGAGGUUCAUGUUGUCGUGGUUCUGACAUUGAUGAUGAACUGCUUGAGUAUGGCUUAAAAUGCAGCUUGGAUGAUCUAAACGUAACUAUCAAAGAGUGUUUUAUGGACCUUGGUUCAUUUCCUGAAGGCCAAAGAAUUCCUGCUCUUGCUCUUAUUGAUAUGUGGUCAGAAUUAUAUGAGCUAGAAGAUGAUAGUAUGGCCAUUGCUAACCUUAUCGAUCUCACUGUUUGGAAUCUGGCUAAUCUUGUAGUCACAAGAAAGGAUGUGAAGGAGGUGGAUGGCUACUACAGUGAACACUUUGUUACUCAGCAUGAUCUGCUUAGAGAUCUUGCUAUCCAUCAAAGUAGCUUGGAUCCAAUCGGGCAGCGGAAAAGAGUGAUUGUGGAGUUUAGUGGAGAUAAUCUUCCAAAGUGGUGGAAAGAACACAAAGAGAAACCAACUAAUGCCCGCCUAUUGUCUAUCUCAACUGAUGAAAAAUUCUCGUCAAAAUGGUGUGACAUGCAACUACCUGAAGCUGAGGUUCUAGUUCUGAAUUUUCGGACACGGGAUUAUGCCUUACCUAAGUUUGUGAAAACCAUGGACAAACUAAAGGUUAUAAUACUUACAAAUUACAGCUACUUCCCUGCUGAACUAAGUAAUUUUCAAUUUCUUGGUCAUUUAACCAAUUUGAAGAGACUAAGAAUGGAGCGCAUCUCAAUUCCUUCACUAAUCACCAAAACCUCCAUACCAUUGAAGAAUCUGCAGAAAAUAUCUUUGUAUAUGUGCAACGUUGGUGAGUCUUUCAGCAACAGUAAUGUCCAAAUUUCUUAUCUAUUUCCAAAUCUAAGAGAGAUGAAUAUAGACUUUUGCAAUGAUCUUUUGGAACUGCCUAUCGGACUCUCUGAUAUCAUUCACCUGAGGAAGCUAAGCAUCACAUAUUGUCCUAAGCUAUCUUCAAUACCCAAAGAAAUUGGAAAGUUGGUGAAUCUAGAAGUGCUAAGACUUAGGUCCUGUAUUAGUUUGAUAGAAUUACCGGACUCUAUUAGAAACCUACCUAAGUUAAAAUUUCUUGAUAUAUCAGACUGUAUCAGCAUUGAGAACUUGCCUGAACAUAUGGGUGAGUUAAGCAGUUUGAGAAAGCUCAACAUGAAUCACUGCUCAAGAUUGCAGGAGUUGCCAAAAUCUGUUUUGGAGCUUGAGAAGUUGAAAGAUCUGAUAUGUGAUGAAGAGGUUAAAGAAAUGUGGGAGCCAUUUCUUCCAUUUCUUACCAACAUAGUUUUAAGGUUUCCCAAAGAAGAUAUAAACUUAAAUUGGCUUCCAGAAUUUCCAGCAUAGAUAUGCCUGUUUCUCUCCCCGGUGCAUGAAACUGAAUAUAAUAUUUGUGUGUAUGUUUGUUUAUAUUUAACAUUUGCUUUCCUGUGUGUUGGUCCCAGUGAAUUGUUUGAUUUGUUGUAAUAAGUGAAACCGUAGUUAAAAUAAGCUUGAUAUAUAUAGUUGGAUUCACUUUCUAUUAGUUUAGGCUUUGGACUAGAAAGUGAUUCAACAUGGUAUCAGAACUUUGGAAACCGACAUGUUAAAGGAGUUGUUUGGUAUGUGUAAGACCUGAUUUCUUGUGAACUACCCUGUACAAAUUCUGUUUUUAGA